AUGGCACCCAAACUCGAUCCGACUGAGGUGAAAAUUAUCUAUCUUCGAGCAACUGGUGGAGAAGUUGGUGCUUCGUCUGCGUUAGCUCCCAAAAUCGGUCCUCUUGGUCUUUCACCGAAGAAGGUCGGAGAAGAUAUCGCAAAAGCAACUGGUGCAUGGAAGGGUCUGCGUGUAACCGUCCAGCUUACGAUCCAGAAUCGUCAAGCCGCUGUCUCCGUCGUUCCGUCGGCAUCUUCUCUUGUCAUCCGUGCCCUCAAGGAGCCCCCGCGUGACCGAAAGAAGGAGAAGAACAUCAAACACUCAGGAAACAUUCCCUUUGAUGAAAUCGUCGAGAUUGCACGAACCAUGCGUUCAAAGUCACUUGCGAAGGAAUUAAAAGGCACUGUGAAGGAGAUUCUCGGAACUGCGCAGUCGGUUGGGUGCACGGUCGACUCGCAGCCACCUCAUGACAUUAUUGACGGGAUUAACAGCGGGGAGAUCGAGGUGCCAGAUGAGUAG